AUGCCGUCUCCACGUGUCAUAUAUUGGUUUCGGACUGAUCUCCGGCUCCACGACUCGCCUGCUCUCCAGGCAGCAUUAGACCUGGAACCAGAAUGCCUAUUUCCGGUAUGGUGCUGGGAUCCGCACUACGUCUACAGGGCCAGAGUGGGUGUGAACCGAUGGCAAUUCCUGAUCGAUUGCCAGAACGACGUCUCGAAAUCAAUCACGAAGAUCAAUCCAAACAGCAAGCUCUUCGUCGUCCGCGAGGCACCGCAGACUGUCCUCCCGAAGCUGUGGAAGAAGUGGCGGAUUACGCACAUUGUCUUUGAGAAGGACACGGAUGCGUAUGCGCGGGACCGUGACGAGGCGGUCAGGGAGCUGGCGAGGAAGGCUGGCGUGGAGGUGAUUGUGAGGAUGGGCAGGACGCUUUAUGACCCGGAUGAGUUGGUGCGGGAGAAUGGGGGCAAGCCGACGAUGAGUAUAACGCAAGUGCAGAAUGCAGGCAAGAAACUGACGAUUCCACGUCCCAUCCCGGCGCCCACGAGCCUGCCCGACCCGGGCGACACAGAUCUAUCCGGCAUCGAACCAGAACCCCCCGCCGCAAACCCCGACCUCAACGCCGCGCACCGCAACAACCCAGACACAACAUACCACGCCCUCGCCGGACCAGCCGGCACCUUCGCCGUCCCAACCCUCGACGAACUCGGCCUCCCACCCGCCACCACACCGCACCGCGGCGGCGAACAAACCGCCCUAACCGCCCUCGCCGCCAUCCUCACAGACAAAACCUACACCGCCACCUUCGAAAAGCCCAAAACCGCACCCACCGCCUUCAGCCCACAAUCCACCACCCUCCUCAGUCCACACCUCCACUUCGGCUCCCUCUCCGCCCGCGAAUUCUACUGGCGCGUCCAAGACAUCCUCUCCGCCUUCAAACACUCCAAACCCUCCCGUCCACCCACCUCCCUCACCGGCCAACUCCUCUUCCGCGACAUGUACUUCGGCGCCCAAGCCGCCCUCGGCCACCCCUUCAGCCAAUCAAUCUCCAACCCCUCCUGCCGCUUCAUCCCCUGGCACCUCCCCUCCACCCUCGACCCCACCACCGCCCGCCCAACAACAGGCCGCUACACAAUCGACCACCCCGCCGCAGAAACCUGGUUCAAGCGCUGGAAAGCGGGACUGACAGGCUACCCCUUCAUCGACGCCCUGAUGCGCCAACUCCGCACUGAAGGCUGGAUCCACCACCUCGGCCGGCACGCAGUAGCAUGCUUCCUGACGCGCGGCGGGGCAUAUGUCGCGUGGGAGCGCGGCGCAGAGGUCUUUGAGGAGUGGCUGCUUGACCAUGAGACGGCGUGCAAUGCGGGGAAUUGGCAGUGGGUCGCGUGCGCUGCGUUUUCGGGCGCGCAGUACUAUCGCGUUUAUUCCCCUGUCGCGUUUGGGCGGAAGUGGGAUGCUGAAGGUGUGUUUGUGCGGAGGUAUGUGCCUGAGUUGGCGCGGUUUGAUCGGCGGUUUGUGUAUGAGCCUUGGAGGGCGCCGGUGGCGGAUCAGAAGAGGUGGGGGUGUCGGGUGCUUGGGGAUGGGCGUGGGGGUGCGGGUGGGAGGGUGAAGGAGGGGGAGGGGGAGUAUCUUGUUUAUCCGAAGCCGAUGUUUGAUUUUGGGGAGCGGAGGGAGGUGUGUGUUCGGGGGUUGAAGAGUGCGUUUGCGGCGGGGUUGUAUGGGGCGGAUGAGAGUGUGGUGGAUGGGAGUUGGAGGGGGAGGUUUGAUGAUGCGGGCGAGGGGCCGACGGAGGGGAGUGAGGGGCUGCCUUUGGGUAUGGCGGAGGGAGAGGAAGGAGAUGUUGAUGUGGAUUGGGAGGGGAUGUCGCUGGUGGUGCAUGAUGGCGGAGAGGGGGAGGAGGACGUGGCGCCGAAAGGGGUGAAGCAUCAACGAGAGAAAAGUCAGAGCUCGCUGGACAGCCACGUGAAGAGAAGCAAAAAGUAG